AUGGUUGAGAAGCUUUUGAGGAUGGUUUUUCAUCAGAAGGGUGCCGGUGAUGGCGUUGAUGGCGACGCUAUUACCCUUGUCGAUGAGGGAGAAAGCUCUAUGGACUGCAUUUGUGAAGGUGUAAGAAGCCGACCUCUUCAGCUGCUGAAGGCUUAUGUUUGCCUUCAAACUUGUGAUGGUUCAAUUCAGCAAGUGAAGGAAGAGGAGAGAAAGGCCUUCAAUGAGAAAUUUGUUCGAAUGUGUACCAAAUGGCUUUGUGAGCUAACGUCAGCUGCUGAUAGCCUACACCUGAGACCCCUUAGUGAUAUCACGAGUCGUACACUUACAAGGGUUAUUGAAGGGAAGUCCCUAGAAGAAAUACGAUACGAGAGAUAUUCCAUUUGCCUGAUGAUCUCAUAG